AUGAUUGCUCCCUUAAACAUCUUAUUUAUUUUUUUUGCUUUAAUAAACGUGGGGGGCAGCAAACCUGCACUAGAAAGUCUAAAAAAAUGCAAACCAGAUAAGGCAGUGGGAAACGGGCUACUACAAUCUUACUUUGACUUGCCAGAAUCACAGAACUCCAGAAAAUUUGAUUACUCCAAACCCAAUGAUAAUGCUGCAAGGAUUGAUUGGUCAAGAUCCUCCAAUUUUGUGGAGAUUUCAGAGCUGAGACAAGGCUGGCUGGAGAUUAGAGCUGCAAUUCAGGAUUUUGAAUGCUGGUGCAACCCUGAGCAUUAUGAAUUGUUUUACAAACUAAAGGAUCUCCUACAUUUCUUGAAGAGGAUGGUUCAGGUAAGGUUAUAUGACAUACCAAAACAAGAACAGAUUGAAUUACAUGGCGACUUACUUCUUGAUGUUAGAAAGAAGGUGUCAAAAGAAUUUCCCGAGUAUUGGGAUAGUUUAGAAACAAAGCUGGUCACAUUUCAAAUUGAUGAUCACUUUAAAGAUUACUUUGAGAGUGAGAUUGAAGCCCAAUGA